ACACAACCAUUUAGGAAACCAAAGAGUAGAAAGAAACCUGAAAAUUCAACUAUAUUUCCUCCUCAUUCAGCUUCACAAACUUGUUAAAAAAGAGCUGAUGUCUUCUUCCUAUGAGUAUUUGUCUACAGGGAGAUUUUAUGACCUCUCUCAUUUAGAUAAGCUUCGUCAAAAAUGGGAGUUAGACAACCCGGGAAUAUAUAACUGGAGUCAAAUUAAUGUCAUUUAUAUGAAUCUUAAAUUCCUAGAUAUGUUUCUCAGCUUGCAGAGCUUCACAACUGUAUGCUGUGAUGUUACACAGAAAGUCCAAGCUGUUUUUCCUUACGCUGAAUCUGAAAUCAAAAGAAUCGACUAUUUGUUCGAAGUUAAAUCCAUGUUCGAUAAGUUGGAAGAACAGAUUUGGGAGAUUAAGUUGGAAAUCAGAGAUGAAUACUCCUUUCCUGAAGCAUCACAACCACUUCCCUCCAACGUUGCUAUUCCUGAAUUUGUGAAGAGAUUCAUUGAUAACGUUGUAAUGAAUCUUAGUGAUUUGUUGGUGAUUCGUCAUCCUUUUUAUUGGUCUUGGUUAGUUCCUGGCUCCAGCAGGCAACAAAUGGAAGAGGUUGUAAAGGAGUUGAAGUUACUGAGAAAUUUUGUCUACUUUAUUUCAGACAGAUGCACUGAUCCUCAAAGUCAACAUACUUUCUUCACUCAUGUUUUAGUUGUGGCUGGUCAUGCGGCAAUGAUUUCCUGGGUGAAUUUGCCAAACCUUAAGAGCAAAGACAUAAAAGUGGCUUCAGCUAAAAUGAAUGCUUCAUUUUCUGACCUUCAAAUGAAGAUUCAGCCCAUUCAACCAUGUGUCCGCAAGAUCUAUAUUGAUGUCCUGCAAGCUCUAGAAUCAGGAUGGCAUCCAAAUAUCCAAGCUGAGGAUGUUGCUGCUUAUAAAGCUGGUUUUGUGGAGACUCUCGUACACUGUUUGGAAGAGCUACCCAUUACUUUCAAGGAUCAUAUGGCAAUGCUCAACUACUUGAAAGCCAAUCUC